CUCGCGGUCCCUCGCUCGGCCCCCCCCCCCCCCCGCAGGCCAUGGCCGGGCCCGCCCUGCGGAUCGGCGAUCAGCUCAUCCUGGAGGAGGACUACGACGACAGCUACAUCCCCAGCGAGCGAGAGAUCCAGGAGUUCGCUCGCGUGGUGGGCAUCGACCCCGAGCACGAGCCGGAGCUGAUGUGGCUGGCCCGGGAGGGCAUCGUGGCCCCGCUGCCCGCCGAGUGGAAGCCGUGUCAAGAUAUCACUGGCGAUAUCUAUUACUUCAAUUUUGCCAAUGGCCAGUCGACCUGGGACCAUCCGUGUGAUGAGCGCUACCGCCAACUUGUCAUCCAGGAAAGGGAAAAAAUUCUGGAACAUGGAGGUCUUAAAAAAAAAGAGAAAAAGAAGAAAAGGGCAGAAAAGAAAAAGGAUAAGAAAGAAAGAGACCCAUCGAAGCAUCUUGUGGAGAUGCAGUCGGAAUCAGGGAUUCUUCCAUCAACGUCCUUUUAUCGAGUAUCAUCUCCUGUCCUGUAUUCAGAGCAUGGUAGUCCUGACCUAGAGCAACAGGGUAGCCAGGUAACACAGAAUGACUUCUUCCUAAAAAACGCCAAGGGAAAGAUUUCAGAUGCUGGUGAUUUGUCCAGGCUGCUAUCGAGCCUUGCCCCAGGGAAACUACAACCUCUUCUGCCAGAAAAAUCUAACCGGACUCAACAGAUCCUUGCAGAUGUGGAGAAAAUUCUUGGAAGAAAUGCAUCUUCCAGCCGGUCAGACAUUAAUCAUCAAGCACAACAAGAUGCAAAUACAGAAAUCAAAUGUGCAGCUGCUAGUGGUGUUUUAUCAGACUUGGAAGCUGAGGAUGUAGAUAGUAUCCACCUCAUAAAGCCUUUUUUCCAAACACUGAAGAAACCCUCUCAAACUAUAGCAGGUGCUAUGACUGUGUUAGCCCUGGGGGGAGUCAAGGAGAAAAAGCUGUUCUUAGAGGGAGAAAAACAAGGUGAAGACCAUGGGAAAGGCCAUGCGGAGGGAGAUGGACUAGUCAGGAAGGAAGACUUCUUGCAUAGUGUUGAAAAGGAAAUGCAGCUUUCUCCCUCUGCUGCUGCUUUCACAUUGAUCUCAUCUGGGACUUUGGAGGGACAAGGUGACAUCCAUUAUUUUCAAAAUGAAAUAUUAAGGCCUCUGGAGAGAAUAAAGGAGAGAAGGGGAAAAAAGAACCCUUCUGAACAAUGCCAGGCCACAGAGUCCAGCCCAUGGCAGAUCGAGACUCUUAUUCCUCAUUCUCAGCUGCAGGGUUCUGUUGAGCUUGGAGCCAAGACAGGAAUUUCGGGGAGUGAAGUGUCAUCUCCUACACCAGGUCAACUCACAGAGGGGAAAAAACACGAUCCAAAGAUAGAAUCUGACAGCGGUAAUAGCAUGAGUGUUGCUAGCAGCCUGUCUGACCACCUUGCUUCUCAGGUCUUGGGUGAAGUAGACAAUUUCUCCUGGGAUUUACAUAGCUCUUGUGAAUCUGAACAUCCCACAAAGCAUCUGCCUUCUCCCCAAAGACCAUUUUUGGAAGCUAUAAAUAGCCAAGCACAGAGCUCCCCAGACAAUCAGUCAGCUAGUGAGUGCUAUUCCGAGGAUCAGAAGUUCUAUCAACAUGUCCUCCACAUGGUGCAGAAAUCUAGGAGAACAGAAUCCGGCGUACCCAAGUCUCUCAGGGGUCAGAAAGACUGCAGCAAAGGGCUUGAUUCUGAUCAGACUGUUCAUCCUGACGGAGAAGGAACUAGAGAAACGGCAGCAGUAGAAGCAGCAAUUCCUGAAGGAGAGAGGUUGAAGCCCCGUGAAGGUCAGGCAUGCAUCCUCCAAGACAACCAGGCAGGAGAGCAGCUGAUGCCCAAUAUGAUUUUGAUGGAAGGAACCUGCAGGGUUGGGCUUCCAAAAAACGGAGAUUGGAUUGAAGAGGCCAACAGCUGCAUAAAAAAUACUUUAAAAUCAAAAAAUGAGGAGGAAAAGGAAGCUUGUUUGCCUCACUUGAUAUCCGAUGUGACAGAGAAGAAAGAAGUCAGUGAGAAUCUUAUUCUAGAAAAAGUCUUGGACGUGGCUGAAAUACCUCCAGUCCUAAACAGUCCAAAAUUUGGGGUGAACCGAGCCACCACUGAAAGCACUUUGAAAGAGGAAGACAAAAAUUGGCUGGCACAGGAGAAAAAUGAGGACAAAGACAGCUUGGAAGAGGAGCACAAUAGUGGAUCUGCUGUGGCAGAAGAGAGCAGGCAGUUUGAGACUGAAAUCGACCCAAUAAAGCCAUGGAAUGUCCAUACUGGAGGGUCACUGAAGGAAAUAACCAAAGUGGAAGAAACAAACGUUUAUUUGCUGGAAGAAAAACAGAUACAUGUUCAGAAUUUGCAGGAAGAACUGCAACAGGGAGAGGAAGAAGAGAUCCAGAUGUUACAUCAACAGCAAGAGUCUGCCCUUUGGUCAUUGAAAACUGAGUUGGAGACAACUAGGCAGGAAGAAGAGAUACGCUUGAGGGAAGAGAUCAAAGUGGAACUUCAAAAAUUCCACACUGAGAUGCAUUCUGAGAUGGAGGCAGGGAAGGAGAAGAUCAGGCUGGCACAAGAAGCUGCACUGAACCAGCUGAAAGAGGAGCUAGAAUCCUUUCAGCAACAGGAGAGAGAAAAGCUCAAAAAGCAGAAGUGGCUUUUUCUGGAACGGAUAAAAAAAGAGGCUGAAAUGGCAGAGCAGGCUGAACUGGUGGCACUGGAGCAGGAGAACCAGAGGGCCCUGAAUGAACUGAGGGAGAAGCUGUGCAGAGAAAAGGAACUGGCUCUGCAGGAACUACAGGUGCAGCUGGCAGCAGAUAUCCAGCAACAGAAAACUGCAACAGCAGAAGAGCACCAGAAGGUUAUUCUGACCCUCCGGAUGGAAAUAAUGGAGGCUCAGAGAAGAGAGAAAGAAGAACUUCAGAAGGAGCUCGAGAGUGUGGAGCAAAACGUUCAGCAAAAGAGACAUCAAGUAGCAGAGUAUGAGCGAGAGCUCAGUGAUCUUUUGAAAGAGAAGCGUCAAGAGGUUGAGCAAGAACAUGCUAGAGAGAUGGAAAAAAUGAAAAAGAUACACCAGGAGACUCUAGCUAGGAUUCAGAUGCAACACGAGGACAAGGAGAAGAAGGCCCAGGAUGCAGAACUGGAGCUGGAGCUCCGAGCUAAAGAUGCCCAGACAAAAGCAGCUCAAUUCUGUGCCCAGGAGGAGGUCUGGAAGAAGAAAAGGCAGCAGGUCCUAGAAGAAGAGAAGCAGCUUGAAGAAGAAAGAAAUAAAGCUGCUUUAGCAGCUCGUUCCCGCCUUGAGGAAUCUCAAAAAGGACAAGAGAAUCUUGAAGAUACCUUACAGCAGCUGCACAGUGCUCUGGCAGAACUCCAGGAUCAGAAAAUAAAGUUGGAGUCUCAGGUGGAAUUGCUACAGAUACAGCACCAACAGUUGGAGAGGCAUACCAGUGAGUUGGAAGAGACCAUCAGGACUAAGCAAGAGCAGCUAAAGAAACUGAAUAAAGAAUGGAGUGAAGCAACUUCUCCAAGGGAAAAGGAAGAAGCGCUCCGAGUGGAAGACCUACAAGGGGACUGUCCAGAGCCCUCCUCCAGAGAAAUGACAUCUGAAAUACCAAAAAGCAAUGAAGAAAACAGCCUUCUCCUGAACCAAGUACGGCACUACAUUUCCUCUGAGGGAGCUUCCCUGAAGACAGCGAAGGAAUUCUUGGUGCGCCAGACUCGUUCCAUGAGAAAAAGGCGAACGGCCUUGAGAGCAGCAAAGCAGCACUGGUAUGGUGGUCUACAGGGAACACCAACUGUGCAAGACUCAGGCCAUUCUCAGGUGUUAGAGGGAGUGCGCAGGAACCUGGAAGAGGAAGGAAGGCAGCUGGAUGAAAUGAAAUCUGCCAUGCGGAAAGGGCAGGAACUGCUGAAGAAGAAAGAAGAGAGGCUCAGCCAGCUGGAAUCCUCUCUUCUGGAAGAGUUUUCUGAUGAAGAUACCAUCAAGGGAGUGGCCUGCAAGAAAAUGGUGACUUUUGACCUCAGUGACUCUGAAGACACAAGUAGCCUUACGAGUGCUGAUCAGUCUCUUCACAAAAUAGCUGACUUGAAACCGGAUGUCCAGUUUUCUCCCUUUGACAAGAUCCAGUAUUUGGCUGAGUCACUACAACACAUCACCAGUGACCUGAACUGUGUCCUUCGUCUCCUGAGUACCUUCAGCAGCCAGCAGCCUCUCUUUGCUUCCACCCAAGGCCAGUCACUGGCUCCACUGGCCAGGGAUGGAAUUCCCCUGACUGCUUAUACCUCCAUGGCACGUGCCUAUUCGGCUACACCAUUUGCACCUUCUGCUGGACUUCAGUCAGUCUGGUGUAAUUCUGGUCCCGGUUCUGCAGCUGUGAGCGGACAGUCUGUGGACAGUAUGUUGAUGGAGAAAUGGCGCAAGUAUUUCCCAGGGAAGUUUCCAUUGCCCUGUGGUGGGCUCCGUGCUCAAGAUGACAAGCUGGACUCCUUAAUAACUGGCGAGCAAGUCUGCCUGUUCCAGCACCCUCAUUUUCAGGGCUCCAAGGCUGAGAAGCCAAACAUCCAGCGCAUGAUUGAUGCCAAUAAGAAAUGGCUGGAGAGUUUCAAGCAUGAUUGCAAAAGCCCUUUCUUGGCGAGUGCUUCACAUUCCUCCAGCAGUGGCUCCGGUUUGGUGCAGCUUGGGUUGGAUGAGAACAAUCAGAUCAAGGUCUACCACUUCUAGAUGGACAAAAAUCCUGCUUGUCUGCAAAAAGCUUACCCACCUGUCUAACAACAAUAUAUAUUAUAUCUCUGUACCCAACAGCCUCCACAUGUUUUCUUGGGUUGCAAUCAGAGAUUGAUUCUUAGCCAGAUUUCUCUUGGGAAAUUAAUUCCAGCCAUUUUGUAGAUUCUCCAUCCCAGGGAAUGUCACAAGUGUGAAAGGAAAAGAAGUUGUGUGCUGAAUGGAGAAAGGUGGCUGGUAGGUUACCUGUCCAUAUUUAGGGAGCCAGAGAAACAAAGGGCCCACCUGAAACACAUGAGUCUUCUCCUAUCUCUUGCUCAGCUUCCUCUUUCCACUGUCACCUUCCACACCACAGAAUCCCAAGUUCAGGUAUGGCUGCUGAGGGUGCUGGCAGUGUGUUUCUGCUCCUGCAGCAACUGAGAAUAUGAACUACAACAUCAGUCUUUGCAGAGACUAAAGCAGGUCAUGAGCAAGCCCAAUUCUCCAGGUGCUUCUGAAUUCUGGCAGUUCAUUUCUACCCCUGGUUUCUGCCCUUUUCUUAAGGGCUUGUGUGCCUGACCUGCACUGGUGGCGUAUUCAUUGGGCAUAUUCUUCAAUGCUCUCAGCAACACCAGAAGGCAAACCGAGAUUUGGGGGAAAUGAGAGCAGGCAAUAGCCCAAUGUACUCUUCCUUGCAAAUGGUUAGUAUAUCCUUUGAUUAAGCUGCCAGAAGAAAGCUAAAUUUCUCUCCCACCUCCAUUUUCAACUGGACCCUUCUCUCGGGUUGCUUUUUAAACAAUGAUCACCAGGCGUCUAAACAGGCAGCAAAAUUCUCCCCACCCCCCCCACCCCCAAUGCCUGGUGCUACAAGUGGCCUCAGGCCUCUCCUUUGUGAGGCAGAUCUCUCCCUCUGGGUGGUCAGAGCAGUUUUUCUCAGAGUGGAAGGACCUGUUUUGUUGUCCUUCCAAUAAGUGAAAUGCAUAUUAUAGCAGAGGAUUGGAGGUGCGCAUCCUUCAGCUAUUAACUGUGUUUUUAAAUUCUGAUUAAAUAUACUU